CUAAUUCCAGGCCCCGUUCCUGGAGACAAAUCUAUUGUUGGAUUGUACGGCAUUGAAAACAUGUACAUAGACAUUGUAUCUGGUGGUAUUCAUUCACCUUCUGCCUGUAUUGCCAGACAAAAUGCAGCCAUCAUCGUACCAAUACAUGGAACUAAUAAACGCAUGAAGACUUAUUUGGGAAGCUUCUUAUUUUAUAUGCAUCCAUUUUUGAUGAAACAAUUAUUGGAAUAUCAAAUAUUUGUUAUUUAUAAACUGAAUGCUUCGCCUCCUUAUAAACGUGGACAAUUAUACAAUAUUGGUUUUGACGUGGCACAAACCAAACGUCCAGAAGGAUGGCAAUGCAUAAUCUUCCACGAUGCGUACAUCGUCCCAGAAGAUACCCGCAACUUGUAUAAAUGUGGCACGCAUCCUCGACGGCUUAUAUAUGAUUCGAGAAAACCCCACAGAUUUGGAGGAGCCAUAGCCUUAACUCCUGAGCAAUUUGUGCGAACUAAAGGAUUCUCGAACUUGGCUUGGAAUGAGGACGAUGAUUACAUAGACAUGUACAGAAGGAUAAUUUUUGCAAACUUGUCAGUGGAAACGAAUGUACCAGGCAUAGGCAAAUAUGCGCCUUUGGAAUAUUUAAAACAAAUUAACUACAACUUAAGUAGACACCAAACGCCUAUUCCAUUACGACAGCGAGAUGGUUUUAAUAAUAUUAAAUUAAACAUAGAAACUGUAGAAUAUAAACAACUUUACACUUUAGUAACCGUCACCGAAUAAGUUUCAGAAAAAUAGCUUCAAACUACGACUUGAUAAGAAAAUAAUUUUCUUGUUGUGAUUAUAAUUAUUCGUAGGCUUUAAAAAGAAGACUUUAAAAAGUUACAGUCAAAACCACAGAAGAAUGGAUUAAUAUCUUAUUAUUCGUAGGCUUUAAAAAGAAGACUUUAAAAAGUUACAGUCAAAACCACAGAAAAAUGGAUAAAUAUCUUUGAUACAGCCAACAUAAAAGAUAAAAUAAUCCUUAGAUAUUUAUUUGUUAGGUAGGUAUUUGUAUUUACUUCGUUAAAAGCCUCAUUCGUCUCGUUGGGUAUUCGCACGGUCACGGUACGGAUGUGUCGAGAACGUUUUAGAAUGUUGCUAGUCGUAAAAUCGUAAAUGUCAAAAUCAACUCGUAGCUUCAAUGUCAAUGUCGAAAGUCAAGUCAAGUAAUUUGUCAACUCAAUAAAUUACAAAUUCGUAAAGUAAAUUUCAUUUUAUUCAAGUGAUUUUGUAAAAUUAAUAAUCAUUUUGGUAUUUUGCGCAAAUACAUUGGUAACAGUCCACUGUUGUUUCAAUGCUAUCUAUUGACGCCUUUCUAUAAUGGCGUUUUUAGAGUGGCGACGGUUUUCGUUUUUUGAUAUUCACAACAAUAUAGACAAUGGAAAAAUUGCAGAAUGCCUACAAGAUACUCAAGUAUCAGUAGCAACAAGCGGAAACAACCAUGUCAUCCUCUGUGACAUGACUGGCUGGGCCCACCUGAUCUCCCGUUCCUGGGAAAUCACAUCGUUCAAAGCAUAUGAGCUGGUCAUCACUCAUGCUCAACAGCUUCCACAUGAUCCUCUACUAGUUACUAUUGGGGAAGAUGAAGCAGGUGUUACACCACUUAUUAAAGUAUGGGAUUGGUCAAGAGUGGAUAGGCACGGCAACCCUCAAUGUGUGAAGACCUCUAGAGCAGUGCCGUCACAUAUGUUUCCGACACCGGCCACUGCUCUUGCUGUACAUGAUAAUAAGAAUCUACUUGCUGUUGGUUUUCAAGAUGGAUCAGUAUCUCUAUUUCGUGGUGACAUCGCCAGACAGCGCAGUGGAAAGAUGAAAACACUGUCUGAUACGGGAACUAGUCCUAUCACAGGACUUGCUUUCAAGGACGCUGACAAAUUAUUUGUAGUAUCUCGUAACUGUGUGAUGGUGUGCUGGGUGAGCAGCGAGCGCUGUGUAGUGUUGGACGCCAUGGGUGCAGUGGCGGGCUGCAGCGUGCUAGCUGAUAGACACCGGCUCACUGUCGCCACUAGUGAUGCCAUCUACUGCUACACUACAGAAGGACGCGGUCCGUGCUAUGCCCUCGAAGGAGAGAAAUUACGUCUCAAUUGGUUCCGAAGUUACCUAGUCAUAACGACCAACGAAACUUCAAACAAACCGUCCAGUUCAACGAACACACCAAAAUCUCACCACGUCACUAUACUAGACAUACAGAACAAAUUCAUUGUUUUCUCAAAAACGUUUGAGGAAAUUGAUGCCGUUUUAACAGAAUGGGGAUCCUUUUACAUCCUUACUAAGAAUAAGGAGAUGAUCUAUCUGGACGAAAAGGAUCUUCAAUCGAAAUUGUCGUUGCUUUUUAAAAAGAAUUUGUAUGAUGUUGCAAUUCGGAUUGCGAGCAGCCAACAUUAUGAUGCUGAAGGGCUUAUUGAGAUUUAUAAGCAGUAUGGUGAUCAUUUGUAUAGCAAGGGCGACCUCAAAGGAGCGAUAGACCAAUACGUCAAAACAAUAGGGUGGCUAGAAACGUCCUAUGUCAUACGGAAAUAUCUAGAAUCAAGGCAUUUAGAGCCACUGAUACAAUACUUAGAAGAACUUCACAAAAAAGGCUAUGCUACAGAAGAUCAUACGACUUUACUGUUGACAUGUUAUGUGAAAAUAGACCAGCAUGAUCAGCAAGGGAAACUGAAGGAAUUCAUCAACUCUAAGGACAAGGCUAUUGAUUUUGAUGUGGAUGUGGCUAUUAAGGUGGUCCGUCAAGUAAGUGUAGACGACGCUCUAUCGCUCGCCGCUAACCACAACAGACAUGACUGGUAUCUCAAAAUGAUCAUAGAAGAUAAAAAGGAAUACAUAAAGGCGUUGGAUUAUAUAGCUGAGUUGGAAUUUGAUGACGCCGAUCUGUACAUGAAGAAGUAUGGACAUAAGUUGAUACAGCAUGAACCGGAUGAGAGCACCAAAUUGUUGAAAUUACUAUGCACCGACUACAAGCCGCGUAGUCGACCGUUAGUCGACGAAACAUCCCUAUCUGGUAGAUACCGGGAUCCAGAUCGUUCCAUAGCAGACGACUUCAUACAUAUGUUCCUAAGCAACUCGGAAAGGCUCAUAGCGUUCCUGGAACACAUGAUAUCCACGGACGUGAAAUGUUCCACGCUUGUGUACGACGCGCUUAUAGAACAUUAUAUCCAUGUAUGGGCAAAGUCUCCAGAUAGCGAGAAAGAAGCAUACGAGAACAAAAUACUCGGAGUGCUGAAGGAUCCCGAAGCCAACUACGACAAGGACCACACAUUGAUCAUCUGUCAAAUGUUAGGAUUCAAAACUGGAAUCCUACACUUGUAUGAGGAAAAGAAAUUAUGGCGGUCCAUGGUAUCGCUAGAAGUGCGUGCGGGGCGGGCAGAUCGUGCGCUGGGCGUGUGCCGCAAGCGCGGUGCGGCGUGCCCGCGGCUCUGGCUGGACGUGCUGUGGGCACCGCCGCCACCCGCCUGCCUGCCCGAGCUGCUGCAUGUUGUUGCGACGGAAAAACUAAUGUCUCCAAUUCUAGUCAUUGAUUGUUUGGCAAGCACACCUACAUACACACUAGGAGAUGUUCGGAAAUAUCUAAUGGACGUGCUCAAAUCUGAAGACGAAGUGAUCACCCGCGAACUAGAACUAGCUAAUAAAUACAAGCAUGAAAUAGAGAAGAUGAAAGCCCACAUACAAGUGAUUCAGCACGAACCAGUUACGUUCCAAAGCUCGAGAUGUGCAGCGUGUAAUAGACCUUUGGAAUUGCCUACAGUACACUUCUUGUGUCAACAUUCGUUCCACCAAGACUGCUUCCAGACGUACAGCGAGUCGGAGCGCGAGUGCCCGCUGUGCCGGCCGGCGCGCCGCAGCGAGCCGCCGCCGCGCGCCGCCGAGGCGCUGCACUCGCGCCUGCUGCACCAGCCCGACCCGUUCGCAGUUGUAUCGGAAUACUUCGGGCGCGGAUUAUUCAACAAAGUGACGGUUGUGACAGAACCACCCACGCCCAGCGCAGACGUUCCAAGCAUACAACCGAAACAGACGAACAUACAGACAAAUUUGCAAACGAACGUGCAGACAAAUUUGCAGAAUUAUGGCCCCGGUGCUGAAGCCAAGCUCAGGUUGCAAGAAGGACAGAGUAAACAAAUGUUCGUAUCGAACGCGACAAAACAAAUGGCGCCAAAAGGCACAUCGGUAGUGCCCGUACCAGAAGGUCGGAUGCGAGUGUUAGAACAACAGCAGUAUAGUUCCAGCCUAGAAGCCAACAUGACCAGACUGGAACCACGUGUUCACCCCAUCUCCAUCCCCAAAGAACAAUCCCCCAAACUAUCCCCGAAUAUAUCCUCAGCAAUCACCUCCAACCCCUUUGAGGAUACAUACGAUGAGACCAAGAACCCCUUCGCUGAUGAAGAGUCGAGCGACCCCGCUAACCCCUUUUCGGAAGAUGAUGAUUAUGAUAAGAAUUUGAACCCCUUUGCGUGAAUGUGUUGAAAUGUAAUCAUCGUCUAAACUAUAUACUACUAGUAAAUGGUGAGAAUGGAUGGUUAAAGACCAAUUUUUGGCUGAAUAUGCCGUCUUUUAUAAUUGAGAAAAUGGUACACUUCUAAUGUAUAGUGAAGUAUGUGUAGUGUGUUGUCAAGCUGUAUUUGCUUUGAGAUGUAUGGAAACUGUGCACUACUCAAUGUAGGUUCUUUAGUUGCAAACAGUAUGUAAUUGCUGGUAUAAAGAGUUGAUAAAUGUAUUUGUUUUUAGGUUUUGGUAUUGCAUAUGCCAUCAAUUGAAAAUUAUAGUGAUCAUUAUGAGGUAUUGUUUCUUAUCUAUUAAGUUGAAAAUUGUUUGUCAUCCAGGUUUCACGCAAAAACUACUGGACUGCUCAUGAACUAUUACUUUUAUUUUUAUAUAGCUAUUAUUCCUCGUCAACAUAUAGACGAAAAUUU